GAAUAAAUGCAAGAUGGCUCCUCAUAUAAAAACAGUCUUCUGGGUUCCCUUCAACGUGCGACUAAAUAACUCUUUACAUCUUAUUAGGUUAAAAUAUUUAUCGGCCGAGAGUUCUGAAGGGUAACUUGAGCUCUAGAUUGAUAUGCGUAUGGUACUUGGCGAUAUUUCAAGAGAGAAGAUACCAAAGAGACAAGGGGAAUAACUUUGAUGCCAUGAAUUGGUGGUGAACUCACUCUCUUUGGUAGACAGAGUUGGAGUGGUCAGAAGCACACAGCCUGGGCCUCACCUAGCUAGCAGUCGCUGCUAACCAGCUAAUGACUUCAAUUACUAUUAUCUGCGGCAUUGGAAACGUUAAGUAGCGGAGAAGAGAAAGCCUCAAAAUACUGGUUGCCUGUUGAAUGUGUGACGUGAAAGACCAUACAAUAAUUGCCCAUGGCUGUAUCAAGACUUGAUCGUUUGUUUAUCCUGCUUGAUACUGGAACAACACCAGUAACCAGGAAAGCAGCAGCCCAGCAGCUAGGAGAAGUGGUCAAACUGCACCCACAUGAACUGAAUAACCUCUUGUCAAAGGUCUUGACCUACCUAAGGAGUCCCAACUGGGACACUCGUAUAGCAGCAGGCCAAGCUGUAGAGGCAAUUGUGAAGAACAUUCCUGAGUGGGACCCGACCCCGAAGCCUAAAGAAGAGUCUUGUGAGGACUUCUCACCAGAGGACUCCUCUUGUGACCGGCUGACUUUCUACCACUUUGACAUUUCUCGUCUGCUCAAACACGGGGCCUCUCUGCUGGGAUCUGCUGGGGCAGAGUUUGAGCUGCAGGAUGACAAAAGUGGUGAGAUGGACCCAAAAGAACGUCUAGCCCGCCAGAGAAAGCUUCUUCAGAAAAAGUUGGGUCUGGACAUGGGUGCUGCUAUUGGCAUGGACACAGAGGAGCUGUUCAACGAUGAGGACCUGGACUACACCUGCCAAACCAGUGGACUUAGAGCCCAUGGAAGCAAAGCCACAGCUGGAUCCAGCUCCCACAACCACAUGCCCAUUCAGGCUGCUGAGCUGAUUGACUCAGAAUUUCGGCCAGGCAUGAGCAAUCGACAGAAGAAUAAGGCUAAGAGGAUGGCCAAGCUAGUGGCUAAACAGAGAUCCAGAGACAUGGAUCCAAAUGAAAAGAGUAAUGACAGUUUUGAAGGUGAACCUGAAGAGAAAAGAAGGAAAACCACCAAUGUAGUCAUUGACCAACCGGCAACAGAGCAUAAAGUCUUAAUCGACAAUGUUCCAGAUAACUCCAGUCUUUUAGAGGAGACAAAUGAGUGGCCUUUGGAGAGCUUCUGUGACGAGCUCUGCAAUGACCUCUUCAAUCCUUCAUGGGAGGUUCGUCAUGGUGCAGGUACAGGUCUCAGGGAAAUCCUCAAGUCCCAUGGUGCUGGGGGUGGGAAGGUGGUGGGAAGCACUGCAGAACAGAUGUUGCGGCAGCAUCAAGAGUGGAUAGAGGACCUGGUCAUCCGGCUGCUCUGUGUCUUUGCUCUGGACCGCUUUGGAGAUUUUGUUUCUGAUGAGGUGGUGGCUCCUGUCAGGGAGACGUGUGCCCAGACACUCGGUGUGGCCCUUCGCCACAUGAAUGAAACUGGUGUUUCCAUGACAGUAGACGUCCUGCUGAAGCUGCUAAAAGAAGACCAGUGGGAGGCCCGUCAUGGAGGCCUGCUUGGGAUCAAGUAUGCCCUUGCUGUUCGACAGGACUUGAUCUCUGUUUUACUGCCCCGGGUGCUCCCUGCUGUCACCGUAGGCCUACAGGACCUUGAUGAUGAUGUCCGGGCCGUGGCAGCCUCAGCCCUCAUCCCUGUGGUUGAAGGUUUGGUACAGCUACUGCCCAUUAAGGUACCCUUUAUUGUGAACACACUAUGGGAUGCUCUUUUGGACUUGGAUGACCUCACUGCUUCCACCAACAGCAUCAUGACGUUGCUGUCCUCACUGCUCACCUACCCACAGGUCCGACAGUGCAGCAUGCAGCAGUCAUUAACAGUGCUGGUCCCUCGGGUUUGGCCCUUCUUGAGACACACUAUAUCAUCAGUAAGACGGGCAGCACUAGAAACACUUUUCACGCUUCUGUCUAAAGCUGACCAGAGCUGUGCAAUGUGGAUCAACCCCAUUCUACAAGAUAUGCUUCGCCACAUCUUCCAGUCCUGCAUACUGGAGAGCAAUGAGGAAAUCCUUGAACUGAUUCAAAAGGUUUGGAUGGAGCUGCUGUCUCAGGCCCCCCAGCAGUACGUGGUAGCGGCCAGCUGUCCCUGGAUGGGUGCUUGGCUCUGUCUGAUGAUGCAGGCGUCACACAUUCCAAUAGACUUAAACAUGCUGCUGGAAGUGAAGGCCCGCUCCAAGGAUAAGGCUGGUAUAAAGGCACGUCAAGGGACCAAUCAGGUGAAGGAGACAGUCCAGGAGUAUAUAGCAGGUGCAGAGACAGUGACCGAUGACCCAGUGACAAGAGACUAUGUAGUGGUUCGUGCUCGCCUCAUGGCUGCCAAAAUGCUGGGGGCUCUGUGUAGGUGUAUCUGUGAUCCUCAGCUCAAUGCUCCAUCUCAGGAGAUCCGACCAGCUGAGUCUUUAGGCCAACUGUUGCUCUUCCACCUCAAUUCCAAGUCUGCCCUGCAGCGCAUAACUGUGGCUCUGGUGCUUUGCGAGUGGGCUGCACUGCAGAAGGAUUGCGAGGUGGUGUCGUCCAUGGUGCACCCUCGUCUCCUGGCCAUUCUUUCAGAGCAGUUGUACUACGAUGAGAUUGCCAUCCCCUUCACACGCAUGCAGAAUGAGUGCAAACAGCUCAUUGCACUGCUGGCUGAUUCCAACAUAGACGUGCAAGACCGCCUUAAUAGUAGCGUUUUCACAAUUGAUCAAGCUAAUGAACUGGUAACCUCCAUCUUCACAGAAUCGACAGCAAGUCUGAACGUGAAGUCCAAACAGUGGCAGGCCCUGGACAGUAAACGACAGCAGGCUCAAGCAACAGUGAUGGAGACCAGCACAGAAUGGCAGCAGCUGCAUCUGCGAGUCCACAUGUUUACAGCCUGUGCAGUGAUUAACCUGCAGGUGCUUCCUGACAAACUCAACCCUCUGGUCAGGCCUCUGAUGGAGGCCAUCAAGCGGGAAGAGAACACCCUUGUCCAGGGGUAUGCUGCUUCUUUUAUAGCCAAGCUGCUGCAGCAGUGUGCUGGGCGCUCGCCAUGCCCCAAUCCCAAGAUCAUCAAAAACCUCUGUGCCUCAGCCUGCGUGGACUCUGCAUCUACACCCUCAUCUGCUUGCCCUGUACCUCCCACACAGGAAAACGCUAAAGGCUGUGGCUUGGAGAAAGAUGGCAUGCAUCACAUGGUUAACAAAACCCGAGGUAUCAUCACACUGUACCGUCACCAAAGGGCAGCAUUUGCCAUCACCAGUAAAAGGGGGCCAGCCCCUAAAGCCCCAAAGACCUCCACCACAGAGCUUCCUCCUGGCAGCACCAUCAGCACUGAUAAUGAUGAGAGCAAGAAGCCGUUUCUUAUUCAGAGACGAGGGGCAGAGUUCUCCCUGACAACUGUUGCCAGGCACUUUGGUGCAGACCUCACUAAGUCUCUGCCAUACCUUUGGGAAAACACAGUAGGACCACUGAAAACAGUGGUGACUGAAAGUCAAAGCAUUGAUAGGCAGGUCCAGCUGGAUAGGGGCGACACUGCAGCUCAGGAACUGGUCAACUCUCUUCAAGUGCUGGAAGUCAUGGCUGGAGCCAUGGCUGCUGAACUCAAACCUUUGCUACUGGAGCACCUACCCCAUCUGUUCACCUGCCUGCAGCACCCAUACACAGCUGUGCGUCACAUGACAGCACGUUGUGUGGGUGUGCUCAGUAAAAUAGCCAUGCUGGAGACCAUGAACAGUUUCCUUGAGUGUGUACUCCCCUGGUUAGCUGCUAUUGAUGACUGCACCAAACAGGAGGGUGCCAUUGAGGCUUUGGCCUGUGUCAUGGAACAGUUGGAUGUGGACAUUGUACCCUACAUCGUGCUGCUUGUAGUACCAGUGUUGGGCCGUAUGAGUGACCCAAGCGACAGCAUUCGUUUUAUGGCCACUCAGUGCUUUGCUACACUCAUCCGCCUGUUGCCCCUAGAGGCAGGUAUACCUGACCCUCCAGCCAUGUCGGCUGACCUGAUCCGCCAGAAGGCCAGAGAACGCCACUUCCUGGAACAGCUAUUAGAUGGCCGAAAACUGGAGAACUACAAGAUACCUGUGCCCAUUAAGGCUGAGCUCAGGAAGUACCAGCAGGAUGGAGUGAACUGGCUGUCCUUCCUAAACAAAUACAAGCUGCACGGGAUCCUGUGUGACGACAUGGGCCUCGGCAAAACACUGCAGUCCAUCUGCAUUCUGGCUGGAGAUCACUACCUCAGGGCGCAGGAAUAUGCAAAGACUAAGGCCGCAGACUGCAGCCCCAUGCCCUCUCUUGUGGUGUGUCCUCCCACGCUGACUGGCCACUGGGUGGACGAAGUUGGCAAGUUCUGUGCCAAAGAGUACCUCAACCCACUGCACUACACUGGGCCUCCUACAGAACGAAUACGGCUGCAACACCAAGUGAAAAAACACAAUCUUAUAGUAGCCUCUUAUGAUGUUGUGCGGAAUGACAUUGACUUUUUUAGAAACAUAAAAUUUAACUACUGCAUUCUUGACGAGGGUCAUGUCAUCAAGAACGGGAAAACCAAACUUUCCAAAGCCAUUAAGCAGUUGGCUGCCAACUUCCGAGUCAUUUUGUCCGGAACGCCCAUUCAGAACAAUGUGCUGGAGCUCUGGUCACUGUUUGACUUUCUCAUGCCGGGCUUCCUUGGGACUGAGCGACAGUUUGCUGCUCGCUAUGGAAAACCAAUCCUGGCCAGCCGUGAUGCCAAAAGUUCCUCACGGGAACAGGAGGCAGGUGUCCUUGCAAUGGAGGCCCUACAUCGACAGGUCCUACCUUUUCUUCUGAGGAGGAUGAAGGAGGAUGUCCUCCAAGAUCUUCCUCCUAAAAUAAUUCAGGACUAUUACUGCAACCUGAGUCCUCUACAGGUUCAGCUAUACGAAGACUUCGCAAAGUCAAGAGCCAAGGCCAGUGUGGAGGACAGCAUCUCUGCAGCCUCUACAGAAGAGGAGGAGAGGCCGAAACUGAAGGCCACAGGCCACGUCUUCCAGGCGCUGCAGUACCUGCGGAAGCUGUGUAACCACCCGAGCUUGGUCUUGACCCCGCAGCAUCCGGAGUACAAACGCAUCACUGAGCAGCUGACGAGUCAGAACUCGAGCUUGCGGGACAUUCAGCACGCGCCCAAACUCUCCGCUCUCAAACAGUUGCUGUUGGACUGUGGUCUUGGUGGUGGUGGAGGAUCAGAGGGGGGCACCGAGGCAGUGGUGGCCCAGCAUCGUGUGCUCAUUUUUUGUCAGUUAAAGAGCAUGCUAGAUACUGUAGAGCAUGACCUGCUGAAACCCAAACUGCCUUCUGUCACCUACCUGAGGCUGGACGGCAGCGUGCCAGCAGGCCUGCGCCACUCCAUUGUAUCCAGAUUUAACAACGACCCCUCCAUUGACGUGCUGCUGCUGACCACUCAUGUUGGAGGUUUGGGUCUGAACUUGACGGGUGCAGACACCGUGGUGUUUGUGGAACAUGACUGGAACCCCAUGAGGGAUCUGCAGGCCAUGGAUCGUGCCCAUAGGAUAGGACAGAAACGGGUCGUGAACGUGUACAGGCUAAUCACGCGAGGCACGCUGGAGGAGAAGAUCAUGGGCCUGCAGAAAUUCAAGAUGAGUAUCGCCAACACCGUCAUCAGCCAAGACAACGCCAGCCUGCAGAGCAUGGGCACAGACCAGCUCCUCAACCUCUUCACUUUAGACAAGGGUGAGAAGGGCGAGAAGGGUGAGCAGUCGCCGUCAACCUCAGGGAAGGCCUCCAUGAAGUCUGUGCUGGAAGGCCUGGGAGAGUUAUGGGACCAGCAGCAGUAUGACACGGAGUACAACUUGGACAACUUCAUGCACUCCCUGAAGUAGCCAUUAUAUGACACCCGCGCAAUCUCCAUUUGCUGGCCAAGCAGGACCUGGCCAGAGCCUGAAGAGAAACUUGCUGCUGCAAUUAUCUGCUCCACUCCCACCCUAACUUGCACAAGAUAACUAUAAGGAGUCACUGAUAGCUAAUAGUUACAGUACAUGUCCCAAAGCAAUAACUAAAACAGCCAAAAUAAGAAUUAAAUCUAUUUUUAGUGCUUUCAAAUCACCAGGUAUGCUGCAACUUUUUUUUUUUUUUUUUUUUUUUUUAAAAACUGUUUCUGAAUAUUGUCAGCCAUCCCAUGUUUCCUUGUUGAGAGCAAACCACCCAGGUUUUCGACAAACCCUCUACAAAACUGCUAAGCAGACCUAAUGGUAUGAUGGCUAUGUGCCAUCUGCGACAAGCAUCUACAGCGUUCAUUUACAUCAUACACAUCAGUUAACAGCGGCUCCACUGCUGUGUACAGUGACGUUGCUGUAGUUUUUGAAGCAUACAGUGUAUCAUAAUUAUGGUCCUCCUUUAUAGUUCCAGCACCUGGUGCUACUUUUCCAACCCACUGCCUUUUUCCCAUGUUGAAUAUACAGUGUUAACUGAUUGAAACAUCAUUAUCCUCUCUGCCCCCCUACUGCUUCCCUCCUCAUCACAAGGUCUUAAACGCACCAUGAUACCCAGCUACACCUCUCAAUGCUACUCUGACUGAUGGAUACAAACAUGUUUUGUUUUUUGUUUUAUUUUAUUUUAUUUUAUUUUUUUUUACAACAAAGGGAAACGAGGUGAGAAUGAUGAGCUUGCUGGACAAACCACAGGAUGUCGACACAGUGUACUGGCUUUUUAUAGCACAGAAGCUAUUUGUGCUAUGAAAAGGUGACUCCCAUCCUCCAGAUGGCGAUAGUUUUUACUUGGCCCAGGGCGAGAUCGUUCAUGUGACCUGAGGCCAUCAAGAGGAUUUGUGGAGAGAUGAUGGAGUCCGUGUUGUGUCCAGCUCCUCCAAAUGUGGUGUAACAAAGCUGGGGCAGCACUGCACUAGAAGCAGCGUUACAGAGACUGAAUAAGGGGCCAUGCUGAAACUGGUACCUGAAACUUGCCACAAGUAUUUUAAAAAAAAUAAGAAAAAAAAAAAAGAAGAAAUAAUAGACUUGUACAUAUUUCUGUAAUUGCUGCUUUUUGUUUAUGAUGGUGGAAUUGUAAUAAAUUCUACAGACUUUUGAACUAUACAUCUUUUUUUUUUUCUUUGCAUGCGGACGGUGAUGACCAGUAGAUGGUGUGGUUAUACAUCCAAGAAUAAUAAUACUGACCUGAGUGAACUUGAAUGAACCUAAAAGAUGGUCUUAUUACUCUUCUUCUGACAGGAGUGUACAUAUUUAAAGAUCGUUUAUUGCUCUAUUACACUACACAGUCCAAAGGAAAACAUUGAACAUGGCUGCAGACACAGCAGCAGAUGGCACUUUACGGAGUUCUUGUCUGUGUUGGCCUUAAAGGCGGUAUUCACCAUUCAUUCAUGACCCAUUAAAGCCACUCAGUGGAUCUUGUGGUGAGAUUGUUUUGUCUACUUCUGUUUCCAAGGUCAAGAAUGAAGUUUCAAUUACAGCUUUUAGGCCAACGGGGAUGAGAAGUCCUGCGAUGCUGAGAAAAGUGGAAAUUUUAUGGAAGCAAAAUGUGCAGCAUAAGCAACUGAUUAUCUUCAUUGUGUAGUGAAUAACUGAAAGUUGCUUUUUGAAUUAUUUUUUUGAAAUUUAAAGUUUUACAGUAAAGUCUAACAAAUUUCUUCAAACUAUUGUUUCAGGUUUCCCAUUAAAGAUAGAAAUCAAGAAUGCAGGCUUUCCAGUCGCUUAUCUGAGCUCGUCUUUCUUGGCUCGUGUGACUGACAGAGCAGACCAGACAGGACAGGUCAGCUUAUUCACAGUUGUCCCCUUGAAUUUUUGAUGUCUGAAUUUUAUUGCAGUUUUGUUGUUGUUUUUAAAUUUAGGUCAGAAUUUCACUGAAUGAAUUUGAGCAACAUAAAUAUAUCACAUUUGAUUUUGCAAAUCACACCACUUGAAAAUGACCUGUAAAUUUCAGAGUUAUUCAUUUAAAACCACAUAAAUUUAGACACAUGGGUUUUCAAAGUAUUUCAGCUAAGUCCUUAUAAAAUUGCUAUCCAUACCGCCUUUCUUUGUCUCCGGAAUAUCUGAACAUCUGCAUCUCCUUCAGUGUGAUCCGUUGGAACACUCCGUACAACUCUGAGAUGGACUUUGUGGGGAGAUUAUACAAUCAAAUUAAAAAAAUAAAUAAAUAAAUCCAUUAUACUGACAGGACAAAUGUAAGUUACCAAAGGUAUAAUGCAAGUUAGUAUUGGUCAGCUUUUUAGUCAGUUUAGUUCAUUAACAGAGGACAGAGAGGGAAAGGAUGCCAUGCCAAAGACCACAACGUUUCACAGCGUCAUACAACUACGUUUAAUAAGAUUUGCUUAUUAGUACAGAAAAAGGAAAAAUUAAGAUGGGAACUACAAACUCAGAAGCAGUAGUAAGCAUUAGCAGCAUAGAGCUCCAUGUUUUCAAAUCACAGUUAUACUGCAAAAAGUUCAGACCAAGUCAACAAUCUCAAAAAGCCUUGUCAGGAUAGAACCAGUGUUCAAGUCAGGAAAUAAAAACCUAGAAAAUAAAAGCACAGAUUCCUUACAGAAAAAUCAAACAAACAAAUGUACAUUUCAAAAGUAGUGGGAUGUUUGUGGAAAAAAACACACUAGCAACUUUUUUUUUUAAUCUGUUUUGAGAUCACAACAUGACGAGACCUACAGUGUUUACCUACCCAGAGAACAGCCAUGAAGCAAAAGUGAAUAUACAGUAUCCGAGUCUAGUUACAUGAAAUACAUACGUUUAUCUAUAGAGAGGAAUAUAUAAAAUGGUUGCCAUCAUCCAAAUCACGAUCUGUUUCAUUUGCACAUACAUUUGUGUGAACAGUUUUUUUAUGUGAAAGAGAAACUUU